UCCCACGCGAAGGAUUCUGACGGAUUGGUGUGCUGAUCGGUUGGUCAAGAAGAGGAAAAGAGGAGAUGAUAUGAAUGCUGAAUUGGAAUGGAAGAUGCAUCCAACUAUCGUUGUGAAGAUGCCAAAAUUGAACCGAGUUCUCCGGCGGAUCAAAUCAUAACCCCCGACGAACACACGCUGCCUAAUGAAUGGCCCCACCGCCGAUAUGGAAGAUCCUUCGCUGAAGCUUUUUAUCUCCGUCGCCCCCUCAUGUCGCCUUCUGCCGCGGUCGACCCCUUUCACCAUCCUCAACUACAAGAUGAUGCGCCCCCCUCGAUGAUUGCCUGACUUUAUCGCACUAUACUUCAUGCAUCAAACAAACCACGAUGAAUUUCAAUGUCCGACAGGUGCAGGGGCACCUUUUCCGGUUGACUGUCUCCACCGCAUGUCUGUGUCUCUCCGUCUUACUCUAUGUCUCCGUGGACUGGUCAUCCGCCCAACACCCAGCCAGCCUUGACAUCUCCAGCCCCGAGUAUGACAUCGAUGCCAUCGUUCCCGCCAUAUCGGCCUGCAAUGGCUUCAACCCCGCCACAGUAGCAAAGGCCCUAGAUGAUACCCUCACCGCCAAACUCCCUAUCAAUGGCAGCGCCGUCGACGACUUUGUCUGCAGCAUCAUGACCCACAACAUGACUCUGACCGCGAAGCUCGAAUGUCCCACUGAGAUCAGCCCCCGCUACGCCGAUCUCCCCAUCAAGCCAUCCAGUCUGUCCAACCCCAAGAUCAAGUACUUCUUCGCGCUGGACCUCUACCAAGCCACCCACAUCCUCCUCCCCCUAAUGGGCACCAUCAUCGAGACCAUGCGCUUCCUCGGCCCAGAAUACUGCGCUCUCUCCAUCGUCGAAGGCCGCUCCACCGACGGCACCUACGACAUCCUCGACCGUCUGAAGAGCGAACUCGCCGCCAUGGGCGUCCGCUACUACCUCUCCACCAACGACCUCAACCCCAAAGCCGUCUGGGAAGACCGAAUCAAGCACCUCUCCACUCUACGCAACCAAGCCCUCAAACCCCUGACUUCCGCCGGAGUCGGCAAAUUCAGCCCCUACGCCGCAGACACCACCGUCCUCUUCAUCAACGACAUCGUCCUCUGCGUCGAGGACCUCCUCGAACUCCUCUACCAGCACCAAUUCCAGCAUGCCCAAAUGACCUGCGCCUUUGACUGGAACGCCGGUGGCGGCUCCUUCUACGACUCAUGGGUAUCACGCAGUAUGUCGGGGAACUUGUUCUUCGAAAUCACCCACGACGCCAAAUACUGGCUCACCCAGGACAUGUUCUUCGAUGAUCCCCUGAACCAGGAACGGUAUGCCCGACACCUCCCAUUGCAGGUAUAUUCCUGCUGGGGCGGGAUGGUGAUUCUCGACGCUGCGCCAUUCGUGCAACGGAAACUCGAAUUCCGAGAUCACAGAGAAGGCGAGUGUCAUAUGGGUGAACCGACUUUACUAGCGAAGGACAUGUGGGGUCAAGGGAUGGGGAAGAUUGUCGCUGUGCCGGCAGUAAAUGUGGCAUACGAGUACAAAGCUACCCGAGAGGCAAAGAAGGCUCGAGGUUAUGUGCAUAAUCGCAUCACCAGUGGGAAUUAUAAGGCGGAAAUGGAGCGGAUCAAGUGGGUUGAUGAGCCGCCGGUGAGGGUUAAGUGUAUGCCGUUGUUUAAUAAGCAGUCGUGGGUGGAGUCGACAUAGUGAUUUCUUCGAUCAUAUAUAUUUAAUAGAUGAUAUUUUUAGAUUAGAUAGUAUAAGAGUUAUGAG